UUGGAAUUGGCCAUGUCUCCAAGACCUCUUAGCCCCAGGGGAGCUUUCAUUUCAGCUCUGGGAUCAAAGGGACCAAAGGGGUCAGUCAUGGGUGGAGCAACAUGGGAAUGAUGAUGAAAAUGUCUCUUGGGAGGGGGACCUUUUUAGACCGGUACAUAUAAGAAGAGAAGAGAAUAUCCACACUUCACACUCUACACCUGAGAAACUGGGAAAACUUCAGGAACCGACCGACUGACUGAAAGGUGAGCAGACUGAGCCUCUGACAAGACGCUGAGGGACACUUGAAUGACAAAGAAUAAAAACCAAGGUGAGAAUACCAUGUUUGCAUCUCGGCUGGUUUUGCUGCUCGGCCUGCUUCUCUGUGUGGGGGCUCAGCUGUCCAACGCCCAGCACUGGUCCCAUGGUUGGUACCCUGGAGGCAAGAGGGAGCUGGACUCCUUCAGCCCGUCAGAGAUUUCAGAGGAGAUUAAGCUGUGUGAGGCAGGAGAAUGCAGCUUUUUGAGACCGCAGAGGAGGAGUGUCCUGAAAAGCCUUCUUCUAGAUACCUUAGCAAGAGAGCUCCAGAAGAGGAAGUGACAGCUUUCCACCAAAACUGCUUUUCUACCAAUAGGGAUCUUCUUCAGUGUUUUUGUCUUGAUGUGAAAUAACUUCACUUUGCUUCACUGUUUUUUUCUAUUACUCCCAUGAUGGUUCAUUUAUGUUCAGUCAUGACAUGGAAUUUACUUGUGGCAAACAAAUGUUGAAAUUAUAAUUUCCAAUAAUA